UUGGUUUAGUCAGAAGUAUCAAGCUAUCUAUUUUACUUGUAUAACUGUUGAUACUUUUGAAGAGGCAUAUCAAUCUGUAAAGGAUGAACAAUUCUUUGAAACUCUUAUUCAUUUGUUAUUAACUACUAUUCGAUAUAAUAAUAAUCAACCACCUAAAGAGUUUAAUCAAAUAAUACUAGAAGUAAAAGCUAAGUGGAUAGCAACAAAUAAAUUUAACUAUUCACUUAAAAAUUCUGAAAAAUCCAAUCAGAAAACUGACACUGAAUCUAGACUUGAAAUUUUAUAUUCAGAGUCUCUUUCAACUAAUUCUUCUCCUACAGAAACACCUUUGGUAUUAACUUCUCAAAAUUCUCCUCUAAAUAAGCAAAAUAAAGAUACUGAAUCUUUAAAUUUUGAAGAAGCUUACUUUAAUACUAUUAAUCAAAGAAGAAAUAUAUCUCAACGUAAAAGGUCAGAAGGAAAUUAUCCACAUAUUACUCACAUAAAAAAUAAGCCAACUGUAGAAGAACAAACUAAUAUGUAUAUUCCUAAUGAUUCUCAUAGAAUGGUUGAAGAUCGUAGAGCACCAGUUGACUUUACCAAUAUGCGUCAACACCAAGCACAAAAUCAACAACAAACCCCUCCUCCUGAAUUUGAUAACCAACAAGUACUUCAAACACUUUUAAGAGGCAUAAAUAAAAUGUUUGAAAGUAAUGCUACCCGAGCUGCAAUAGCAACAACAAAUCCUAAAGAGUAUAAAUUAAUUGACUUUCAUAUUUUUUUAGGAGAUAAUGAUGAAGACCCAAUAGAAUGA